AUGGCCAAGCUUCUCCUCGAUCAUGGUGCACUGGUCGGUGCGCAUUACGGCGAAGAUGGAUUCAGGAGCCUCUUACACCACGCCGCGGUUUUUGGCGUUGUAGCUACAGUGGAAUUGCUCAUGUCGCAUGGUGCAGAGGUCAAUGAGCAAGACGAACGUGGCCAGGCUUGCUUGCAUCUAGUGCUAAAUCAUCUCGAUCCAGGCAUGAUGAAGCUCCUUCUUGGCCAUGGCGCGUUGGUCGACUUGCAGGAUAACUCAGGGUCUACUGCAUUACAUGCUGUUGUCGAAAAAGGGGCGUUUGAACAAAGAGGAUCUGCUCCUCCUUAA